AUGGAUCGCCGUUGGCACAUUCCCUUUCUUGGGGCCCUGGUGACUUUCUUCUCGUCGUCGGUGUACAGGCUAUCGGGCCUCCUUUUUGUAAACAUCAUGGAAGAGUUUAAUGUCAACCGUGAAGAAGCUUCGUGGCCCGUGAGUAUGAUACCCACCGGCUACGACAUGGGAGGACUGGUGUAUGGACUGCUUUCCCAAAGGCUAAGCUUAGUUCAGACGGCCAUCGUGGGCGCCUUCCUUACGUCGCUUGGACUCAUUGCCUCUGUUCUUAUUUCAAAAAUUUGGUGGAUGACCGUUACAUUGGGAUUGCUGCAUGGACUCGGCAGCGGAACAAUGAGUGUCUGUGUGCAAGUGUUUGUGAGUCAGAACUUUGCGGUUUACCGAGGAAUAGCCCACGGCAUUGUGAAUACCGGGCCCAGCAUUUCAGCGUUUGUCUUUCCUAUCCUCAUGUACUUAUUGACAAGCAGAUACACUUUUGAAGGCUCCCUCUUUCUCUUAGGGGGCAUCCUUCUGAACUUGAUUCCUCUUAGUACGCUUUUAGGUGAGCACUUUACAACUCCACAGAAAAACCCUCCACUAAUAGACGGCUGCGAUAGGCCGAUAACUUUUUCAGAUAAAUUGAGGAGGCAAGAAACACAAUACGGAACGCAAAAAAAUCGAUCCUCUACUUCUGAAUCAAAGCCACGCGUCCUGAAGACAGCGGGAGAGGUACUUCGAGCCCCAGUGUUCUACGUCCUAUUUGUGUCGUGGCUAGCGAUGUACUUAAACCUGGACAUAAUUCUGACUACAGUCGUUGACUUUGCAACAGACAUUGGAGCCCCUGAACGUAAAGCUGCGGCCCUGCUUUCCCUUUUCUCAAUCAUGGAUGGAACGGGGCGGCUUCUGAUUCCGCUGAUUGCAGAUAAGAACCUCGUCCGCCGCAGCACCCUCUGGGCCUUCGACUUCCUCGUCGUUGGAAUACUAGUAGCUACCCUUUCUAGCGUGAGAUCGUACAAGAGCUUAGUCAUCGUAAUGUUUCCUAUGGCAGCAGCAAUGGGUUGUUCGCAGUCGAUGUUUGGUGUGUUACUGGCAGACUAUAUCGGUCUUGACCGACUUUCUGUUGCAUAUGGACUGUGCAGCAUGAUCGGUGCACCAAUUCUUCUUCUGAAGCCUCUCGUCAUAGGUUAUUUCAGAGACACUACCGGAUCGUAUGUGGACAUGUUUUGCAUAUUGGCUGGACUUCAGAUAAUGAGCAGCUGCCUUUGGUUUGGUGUGCUAUUGGCAGAACGCAAAAACUACACUGUGGCGCUUGGAGAAUAA